UCCGGCGGCGCGGCAAUGGCGGCGGCGGCGGCGGCAGAGCCGGAGCGGCUCUCGGAGCUGCUGGAGUCGGGCUGGCGGCUGCUGGAGGAGGUGGAGAGCGGCGGCGAGGCGUCCUCGGGGGCGCCUGCCGUCCAGCGCCGGGUGCAGCGCGGCUUGGAGCUUCUGGAGCGCGCCGCCCGCGCGGUGGCCCAGCUGGAGCUCUUCAGCCGCAACGAGGAGCUGGAGGAGAUCCCCUCGGCCGACCUGCGCUUCAUGCUGGUGCCCGCGCUGCUGGCCGCGCUGACCCUGCGGCAGGUGGCCCCCGAGCGCCGGCUGGAGCACGUGCGGAGGGCGCGCGGCCUCUUCCUGGACUUCCUCCGGCUCUGCCGGGACUACGCCGUCGCCCGCUUCGACCUACCGCGCGAGGCCGAGGCCGAGGAGGAGGAGGACGGCGGGGAGGCCGCGCCCGCCCCGCCCGACGGCCAGUCCUCGCUGCUAGCCAUGGCGGCCGGCCGGCGGGCCAAGAUCGAGAGAUACAAGCAAAAGAAGGAGUUGGAGAACCAGCUGGCUUCUUUGAAACCCUUCAUUGAUAGUGGCCAAGCUGAAGAAGAGCAAAUACGAGAAUUCUAUUUGCUACAAAUCAAGAAGUGGAUCAAUAUAAGCCUGGAGGAAAUUGAAAGCAUUGAUCAGGAAAUUGCAAUCCUGAAUCGGCGGGGUGCUCUACAGGGUUCUGCCACACGACCUUGCCAGCCGCCCCGACCUCCAGGGAGGCCCUUCAUCCUUACUCGCGAUGCUGCCCAGGCAAAGGUGUUUGGCGCUGGCUAUCCUAGCCUGGCAACAAUGACAGUGGAUGAGUGGUUUGAACAGCACCAGAAGCAAGGAGUCCUUCCUGAUCAGGGCAUUUCCCAGAGAGUUCCAGCAGGUACCGAAGACCAGCAGAAAGAACAGGAAAAAAGCACAGAGGAGGAGGAAGAAGCUGCAGUAUUGAAAGCACGGGAAUGGGACGAAUGGAAGGACCUGCACCCAAGAGGUUAUGGCAACCGGAAGAACAUGGGCUGAGGAGAAUCCAGAGAUGAGUUUGCAUCCCUCGUAGUCUUCAUGAGAAAGUGGGAGUGGCUCCUCUUUCUGAAAGAAGAAAAUGAGUCAUCAUGUGUUGUAUCAAAUGUCAAGCUUCAUGAGAGCACCAGAAAUACCAGUGCAGGAAGCUUGGAAAGCUCAUGGGGGCAUUGGAUUUCCUGGCUUCUCCUUGUCUUAAAAUAGUCCUUAAUCAGCUGAUUGAAUGUCCACUUGGAAGUACUUUUGGCUGCUGUAAUUUAUUUCUUUAUUUUAAAAGGAAAAUAAAAUGCUUCCAUCAGUUCA